AUGACAGAGACAGGGGAGAAUAAAGAAUGGAGGAUAGGUUUCUGGGUCAAAAACCAGGAUUAUUUAUGGGGAAUCAAGUACCCCCGGAGCUUAGAUAAAAACUGUCAAUCAUCAACCAAGUAUUGUUAUCCGAACCUUACCAGAGAAGGAGAGUCAAGAUGGAAGGAUUUGCACGACUGGAUAUCGAGGAAGAUGUUAGAGAAACAUCGCUAUAAGUGGGGAAAAGAAUUUGAUCCAACAGUCUUAACAGGCAUAGGGGGGAAAAAUUCACAACAAAGUCUAGACUGGGGAGACAUCAUUAAUAAGGUUUUGAAUCGAAUAGAAGGAUUAGCUCCCGUGGCAGGCAGUGGUAGGAGUAAUUCUCUAAGAUGGACCAAGGAAGAAUGGGCCGAAGCAUUCAAGCAUCAAAUCCCACUAGACACUCCGCUGGACAAGUUUGAAUCAGGCAAGGCGAUGUUAUUCGUGAUAAUGUGUAUAGUCACAGGUUUGAUUGAGGGCAGAGCAAAGGAGGGGACAAUCUUUAAGAGAAGAGGAAGGAUGUGUAGCCCAAUAGAUACAACUUUGCAGUUUCGCGUCACGGAUUGGGAGGAAUGGAUAAAGAAAACCGAAGACAUAAGGAAAAAUAGGGCAAAUCAAUGUUCCAAGCAGGCAGGGUAUGACGGAUGUCAAUGGGCAGCAAUAGCUUUAAUUUUGAGUGUGUACGAGUCCAUGACGAGUAUCUGCAAUCAAUGUGGUCCUUAUGAAGUGAGUUAUUGGAUAAGCAAAGAUGACAAGACCGACGAAGCAAUUGACAUGCAACAAUGUGUGCUUAACGAUCAGCAGAUAAAUUGUCACUCCUUAGGCUCCCAGGCAGAAACUGGGAACAUGAUAAUAAUAAGGCCCGGUGAGCUGGAUAAGAUCACGAGGAGCCAAGUCUUUGACAGUGGUGAUCAACAACGUGCGUCUUUUGAGGCCCAGGAAAAUAGUCAAAACAGGAUGAUGACUUUAGCCACCGAACAAGGCGCCAGCAGAAGCAAUGGAGUCGAUCGAACUCAAGAUGAAGGUCCUACGGAGCAAGUCGCGUUAGAUCAAGAAAGCCUUAAACAUCUCUCAUCUUGUCCGUCCACGAAUCCGGAAGCGCGGCAGUCUUGUAUGAAGAUCAUUGAGAAGUCCCCCCUAGAUCCUGAAACAGGAACCACAUUUGAACCAAAAGUUGAGGGCCCGCCCCAGGACAACUUGACAGAAGCGGAUAAGUAUCUCAGGAAGGAGCCCCCUGAGGCAAGUGACCUUAUCCAUGGUAUGGAUGAAGCAGGACCUGAAGAGGCGGUGGGGAAUCCCUUUUGGAAAGAUUCCACCCCCUCAGUUUUGGGAGGUGGCCCCCGUUGGGCGAUAAUGGGCGGUUUGGGCGCCGUCGUGUGUUUAGCCAUAGGGAGUGGUUAUGGUCUGUGGAGGGCAUUUGGACGUCGUAGACGGGCGCCCGACAGGUUAAGGGGGGCCCAGGCGGGAGAAGGGUAUAGGUUAAGGUAUGGAUGA